AUGCCGAAGCAGUACGUCGUCUGUGGCCGCCCCGUGCCCCGGCUGGGCACCCGCCACAUCUCAUUCCUCCUCGUCAGCCUCGCCCUCUUCGCCGUCUUCAGCCUCCUCUUCACCCUCCCGGGCUCCAUCCACGCGAGUUCAAGCCUACAAGCCGCCGGCCGCAGGUUCUCCAUACCGAAAUCCCUCAAGAGCCCGUGGAUGAACAAGCUCAACCCAUUCAAGCAACCGUCGCAUCCGCCAGCGAUCCAGAAGAGCGACACGGACGGCGACUCGGUAUGGUACGCCGACUGGAACUGGCUGUUGAUGCCCUUCAGCAGCUCCGUCACCCUCGACGAGAACAGGGCCCUGCUGCCAGUGCUCAAGCCGCGCACCCCCAUUUACUGCUACUACGACAACACCUUGGACAAGGACCAGCCGACCAAGGACGCCGAGAGCGACCUGCUGCUGGCAUGGCGCCGUGCGUGGUGGGCGCAGGGCUUCAAGCCCAUCAUUCUCAGCCCGGCAGAGGCCAUGAACAACCCGCUGUACGACGAACUGCAGAGGCUGGAGGAUAUGAACCCAGAGCUCAAGACGGACCUGAUGCGCUGGCUGGCGUGGGAGAAUAUGGGCGACGGAGUGCUUGCCCACCACCGCUUGUUUCCUAUGGGCCCGCACGACGACCCUCUGUUGACAUACCUCCGCCGCGGCGAGUUUCCGAAGCUGACGCGCUUCACUGGCCUAGAUGAUGGCCUGUUUGUGGGAUCCAAAGGUGAAGUGGCUGCGGUCGUUAAGGCCGCCAUGGCCAGCCCCGAGAUGAAGGCGGCCGCGGACGUGGUGGCGGCAGUUCAAUCGCCUAAGAAGGAGGACCCAUUCACCGUUGAUGAUGCACCGAAGUCCUUGGCCUACUACUCGGCGCGUCAGAUCGAAAAACUGUAUCCCCAAGUGGGUGAUGCUCUCACGGCCUCUCAGUCAGCGGGGCUCAAGAGCCUCGCGCAGCUUAUCAGUUCCCAUCUGCACCUCACUUGGCAAGAUAUCUUCACCGAUGGCAUCGCCGUGGUCAAGCCUCUGCCGCACCACACUACCCACAUUAUCAUACCCGCCUACGAGCUGGCCCAACGACUAGCCCACUGUCCGGAGACACCCCUCCCCAAUUCCUGCCCUCCGAAUCGUCCCAAAUGCCGUUCUUGCGACGACUCCAAGCCCAUGAAGAUCACCACCCCUUCUUCCUACUCCGAGUCCAGCACGCUCUACACGAUUGGCACCGUCCCGCACCCAUACACCACAUCCACCCUGAACUACCUCAAACCCCAGCUCUCCGUGCCGUGGAUCCGCCGCUUCUCUCCACGCGACGCUUGGAUAAUCGCCCUGACGUCCUCCCUCUUCAAGGACUCCAUGUCCACCACGCCACGUCUGCUCCGCUUCAAGGAAGCUGUCGCCUCCGACGAGGACGGCAGCACUGCCGAGGCCAGAGAAAAGGGAAAAGGCUCCACCAAGGGCGGCGCAUACCGCUCCCUCUGGCUCCUCGCCGAGCAGCCCGUGCCCGACGACAUAGAUUGGCACUUUGGCUUUGCCCUGCCCGACCGCGCAACUUACACCACCACCCCCAAAAUAGACAACGCCCCCAGCACUGUUAUGCCUAUGCCCAUUCACACCGAAAAAGAUGGCCCCGUCCCUUCAAAAGUAGACCUCGCUCUCGAACCAGACCUCUUCGCGCGUGCCCAAACCAUCUCGAAGACGAAAGAAGCGUCAAGUGAAGACCUCGUCCUCCGCGACGCCGUCGAGGCCUGGAACCUGGCUGACACCGAGGCCUGGCGCUUUGCGCGCGCGUAUUUGGCCCGCAAGCAGGUGGAGAGAAGGAAGUGGGAGGAGGAGGAGGCGCGGUAUGCGGGUGGGAUGGGGUCUGAGAGGAAGAGUACUAAGGCAAACAAAGAGGGGAAGGGAAAGGGGAAGUGGGCGGGGGGAAGGGUUUGGGAUCGGUGGUUAGAUCGUCAUGAUUGAGUAUAUUUUUGGCUUUGAUCAAGACCUCUGGGAUUGGUUUGUUGGGUUGUUGUCUUGUCUGGGAUCCAAGCAGCCAGGCAAACGUGUUGGUCGGACAACGGAACGACGGGCGGAUAUGUCUUUGCUGCUGCUGAGGGGGCAGGGAGGGUAAAGUGGGAUGGUGUUUCGUGGAAUGGUGAAGCAACUGAAUUUGGUAAUGCGCUGCAUGUGGGUUUUAUCAUUCCAUGUGUCACUAUAAGUUAUGUACAUGCAUCGGCGUUGAGGUAGACGGGUACCUUGAGUGGUCAUGGGUCUUAGGGAGGGUAUUUUGGGAAAAGAGACCAGCAG